AUGACCAUUUUGAGGAGUGGUAAAGAGAUUGAUAAAAGUUCUCCUUUUGUAACUAAGAAAUCUAAGGAGACCCUAGUUGAAAAAGAGAAGGAUGAAACUGAGUCACUUGGGCUUGAUGACAUUGAACAAUGCCCAAUCCCUCCACCAUUUCCACAAGCCUUAAAAUUACCUAAGAAAUUGGACACCACAUCUGAGAUAUUAGAGCAUUUGCAUCAAGUCAAGAUAUAUUUUCCAUUAUUGCAUGUUAUCAAGCAAGUGCUUGCAUAUGCCAAGGUAAUUAAGGACCUAUGUACCAUUAAGAGAAAGCAUCAUGUGAAGAAGACUGCAUUCCUAGCAGAACAAGUAAGUGCAGUUAUCCAACAUAAGACCCCACCAAAGUAUAACGAUUCAGGUUGUCCAACAAUCUCUUGUACUAUUGGAGAUUACAUCAUGGAGCAUGCAUUGCUAGAUCUUGGGGCAAGUGUUAAUUUGAUCCCUUUUAGUGUAUAUCAAAAACUUGGACUUGUUGAGUUAAAACCUACUUCAAUAACUUUACAGUUGGCUGAUCGCUCUAUAAGGGAAUCGAGAGGGAUUGUUGAGGAUGUGAAAGGAAGAAUGCAACUCAUUUUUGGUUCCAUGACUUUGGAGCUAAACAUAUUUCAUGUGGCUAAACAACCACAUGAAGAUGAUGACUGUGCUUAUGUUUUGGAAGAACAACAAAUGAUGGCAAUUAAUAAAGGAUAG